AUUUCCCCAAGUGACGGUGGUUGCGUACGACGCCAAGGAUGAUGAUCAGACUUUAAUCAAUUGGUGAAAUGUUAAAUGCAUAUCUAAUUAUUUAUUAUUAAAUCAACCGCAAACCUAAUUUAUAACCCAUCAUAAAGUACGUAAAAUUGGCUGAGGCUAGUAAUGUUGAAAAAGGAAUAUGACUUCAAUUUCUACUUGCUAAGCUGGUAAAUUCCGGCCCAUAUAUGAGAGUUGACUCAAGAACUCACAGAGAACUGCAGAUCUGGGAACUCAUUUAGCUACUUGAAACAAUGGGAUUUUUUGAUGCCUUGGCACAAUGGUUGGGGGUCAAAAAGAAGGAGGUCAAUGUAAUGGUAGUUGGGUUAGACAACAGUGGUAAAACAACCAUCAUAAAUCACUUUAAACCACCUGAAGCAAAAAAUCAUGACAUUGUUCCUACUGUUGGUUUUAAUGUAGAAAGAUUUAGGUCCAAGUCUUUAGCUUUUACAGCUUUUGAUAUGUCAGGCCAGGGUCGCUAUCGUAACCUUUGGGAACAAUACUAUAAAGAAUGUGAUGGUAUCAUCUUCGUCAUAGACAGCAGUGAUAAAUUACGCAUGGUGGUUGCUAAAGAUGAGCUUGACCUUCUUCUUCAGAAUCCUGAGCUUAAAAAUAGAAGAAUUCCAAUUCUUUUUUUUGCAAACAAAAUGGAUGCUAGAGAUUCAGUGUCAAGUGUCAAGUGCUCUCAUCUGAUGGGACUGGAAACAAUUCGAGACAAACCUUGGCAUAUAUGUGCUAGCAAUGCAUUGAAUGGUGAUGGCCUGCAUGAAGGUGUUGAUUGGCUUACUGACCAGUUAAAAGAUGUUUUACUGAAAAAAAAGAAAUAAUUAGUUUGGAAUUUGCAACCACUAAAUAAUUCACUUUAACAUCACCAAGUAGAUGAAAGUCUUUGUCAAAUUUUAAUUGUGAAUAUAUUGUGUAAACUGUUGUUUUGAUCCUAUAGAAAUGGCACACUAGGCCAUUGUUUACCAACAUCUGCUAGUGACAUGAAUAUGUGUAGGAAUAUCCUUUAGAGAAGGAUUCAUAUAGUAAAGCUACAUUAUGGAUUUAUGGUUUCAAGUUUUGAUGAUGUAAUCACAAUAAACAUAUAAAUCUUGGUCAUCUUUCAAAUGUAUUUCAGCUUAUUGUUUAUAGCUUACAUAACAUUUAAAUACAUUUGGUUGAACCAGUCUGAUAAGUGGUGACAAGAUUUAUAGCAUUUUCCCCCCCUUUUUAAUCCUCAAUCUUACCAUAUCAGCCUCAAAUGCUGUGUUAGUAAAUCUUACCAUAUCAGCCUGAAAUGCUGUGUUAGUAAAUCUUACUAUGUCAGCCUCAAAUGCUGUGUUAGUAAAUCUUACUAUGUCAGCCUCAAAUGCACUGUUAGGUGAAAUCUGAUUUCACUUUGUAAAUAAGUCAUUUUUUUUAAAAAUCCUUAGAAACAGCAUACAAUUUUUUAUUUUCUAAAGACAUUUAUGUUUUGCUUCUUUCGUUUAAAAUAUUUUUCAACUGUGUAGAUCUUGUGCCUAUAAUUGAACUAACAUCAUAAUAAACCUUUUUGAUUACACU